AUGAGAGAAGCUACCAAAUUGGCACUGUCUGGACGACCAAUUUAUAAUGGUGUCAGCGAGCAAGCCUUAACAACAAAUUUUGAAUUGCUAAAUUUGGUACCAAGCGAUCAUCCGUAUCACUUGAAAAUUAGUGAUAACCAACUAUUUCAAAGUAAAUCCUCCAGCACCACCACCGCCAGUUUCACAGCACAUCACAAAGCAAAACGGUCAACAUCGACAACAACAACAACGACGACAAAAGGUGCAAAUGUGAUUUCGACGCCGAGGUGGCGUCGUGUUGGCUUAGUUUCAGCAUCGAGCGUUCAACUGGACACGAUUGUGUGGCCGGGUGGAGAUAUCGUUGUAUCAGGUUUGUCGGCUGGAGCCCGAACGGUAUUUCGAAUCGUAACAGCAUUGGCGCCACCAUUUGUCAUGGAAUCCGAAUUGGACGAAGAUGGUUUGUGUUUGCGUGGGUUACCAUGUCAUCGCGUAUCUCCAGUCGGACGACACAAUUUAACGUUGAUGUUCAACGCAAUCGAGACCAGAGAUCGGCUAGAAGAAGAUGCCGUUGAACACGGAAAUGAUCUACCACCCAAACCAGAGCAACUCGAUGAGAAAAUCUCACAUGAUACGAAAUGUUGCUAUGGACUUACAAUGGAUUUGCUUGAUAACAUCGCCACCGAGUUGGGUUUCGAAUUUCAUCUGUACGUAGUACGAGAUCAGCUAUUUGGUUCGAGGCAACAACGCGAUGUUAAAGAUUUUAUAAAAAGCAAAUCAGCGCAGCAUAGUAGCAACAAUGACGGCAUCAACAGCAGCAGCAGCAGCAGCACAUCCAACAAGCCUACAACAUCGUCGUCGUUGGAUCAUGAUGUCGAUGAUGAGACAUCCAACAAUGAUCAGUGGAAUGGAAUCAUCGGAGAUUUAGUUAGCGGAUCUGCUGAUAUGUCAUUUGCACCAUUAAGCGUUUCCAAGGCCCGAGCUCAAGCGAUUGACUUCAGUAUACCAUACUUCCAUAGUGGAGUGUCUUUGCUAGCGUCUCCGAAGAGGAAAUCCGAAAUUCCUCUGCUUGCAUUUUUGUUGCCGUUCUCGCCAGAGCUCUGGAUUGCCAUUUUCACGUCAUUGAAUAUAACAGCUGUCGCUGUCGCGGUCUAUGAAUGGCUCAGUCCGUUCGGCUUAAACCCGUGGGGACGACAACGAAGCAAGAAUUUCAGCUUGUCAUCUGCAUUGUGGGUGAUGUGGGGAUUAUUGUGUGGUCACUUGGUUGCAUUUAAGGCGCCCAAGUCGUGGCCAAACAAAUUUUUGAUAAACGUUUGGGGUGGCUUCAGCGUUAUAUUUGUUGCUUCCUACACUGCAAACAUUGCCGCUUUGAUAGCCGGUUUAUUUUUUCAUCAUGCAGCCAGCAGUUACGACUCAUCGCUAACGACCCAGAAAGUGGGUGCACCCAUAGCAUCGGCCGCAGAAUCAUACGUACAAAACAAGGAUAAGCAUUUAUGGGAACACAUGAAAAAAUAUUCGUUGAAUCACAUUGAGGAUGGCAUACGCGGGCUAAAAAAUGGGACGCUUGAUCUUUUGAUGGCCGACUCGCCUAUCUUAGACUAUUAUCGGGCCACAGAUCAUGGUUGUAGUUUGCAGCGCAUCGGUGAGACAUUCGUUGAGGAUACGUAUGCCAUUGGUAUGGUGAAAGGAUUUCCGUUGAGAGAAUCGAUAUCGGCGUUAAUCGCUAAAUAUUCAACUAAUGGAUACCUGGACAUACUCACGGAAAAAUGGUACGGUGGACUGCCGUGCUUCAAAUAUGAAGCGGAGAUUGUGACACCGAGACCACUAGGUGUGGCUGCUGUAGCCGGAGUUUUUCUACUACUUGGCCUCGGCAUGGUGAUGGGUGUUGUAAUUUUGAUAUUCGAACAUUGGUUCUAUAAAUAUGCGUUGCCGUCGUUGCGUCUCAAACCGAAGGGAACGAUUUGGAAAUCGCGUAACAUUAUGUUUUUUAGCCAAAAAUUAUAUCGAUUUAUCAACUGUGUGGAAUUGGUAUCGCCGCAUCAUGCUGCACGCGAAUUAGUACAUUCGAUUCGACAAGGACAAAUUGCUAGCUUAUUCCAAAAAAGCAUCAAACGGAAGGAGGAUGAACAACGUCGUCGCCGCAAAAGUAAGGCACAAUUCUUUGAAAUGAUUCAAGAAAUUCGAAGGGCGCAGCAAGUGGAACGGCAAAAUUUGGCGGCAGUUACCGAGGUUGAAUCGCAAAAAGACCAUAUUAAAAGCCCACCGUUGUUGUUCAAGCCACGUGCCAGUCCGAAGCCUAGUAUUUUUUCAGCAUUGAAAAAAGACGGUCGAUCGCGUUCAAAUUCAUCCGUAUUGACGCCACGACGCUUUAGUACGGAUAGUAUUUUAGGUGAUCGAAUGGAUUCAAUUGGACGACGAUUGAGUCGUGAUUUGACUAAUUCACCGCCCGAUUUAAAUCGGCGUUAUGAAUUUGGCAAAAACGAUCUAUCGCCAAAUAAAUAUGAUACAAUAUCUGGGUCAAAUCUAUCCGCUUCAAAUUUAGCCGCACUUGGCAUUAGCAAAUCGAACGAAGCACUGUCAGGUCGUUACGAUACGUUUAGUGGUAAAAAUGUAGAAAAAUCCAGUAUACUAGCGGUGAAGCUGAAAAAACCAGGAAAACGGCCGAAAAUCAGUUUCGAUUCAUAUCAUCGCGAUCGAUCGGACAGUGGUAGGGAUGAUUGUGACGACGAACUGCCACCGGUAAAAGAAGGCCUCGAACCAUCAUUUCUACAACAAGAUCGAUCGGCAGCCGUACUUCGACAAAAAUUACAUCAAGAGCUACGCGCAAAACACCCACCGGUUCAAACAAGACCGACCGUAACUAUUGUUGAAAACACACCGAAUUCCGUUGAUCGGCCACCAUUGCCGAAAAAAUUCAUCGUUCGUCAUCAGCGACAAAAGAGUCUUGACAAUUUGGACGUUGAUAGUGAUACAUCGAGUAAGUUGAAAACAUCACCGUAUCAAAGUGAUUCAUCGGCCGGGAGUUUGACAAGGGCGAAUCAGCGAUCACAAAUCAGUUUAGAGCGUUUGAGCCGUGAGGACUUGCUUCGGCUGAGCCAAAGUUCACAGUCUGAGAUUCAUGAAUACCUGAAGAAUUCAUCGUUACCCGAUCGAACCGCUGAGCCACCGUGAAUGCAGCUAGACGACUAAAAACCACACAGGUAACAUUGGACGAUCCACACACACUCACCCAUUCGAUUGAAUUUGUGUGCAUUUGUGUGUGUGUGGAUCAAUAAAUUUUCCAUUCGCAAUUGGCUUGCGAUUGCAUUUUGCUAUUGUGUAUCUCGCCAUCGCCAACGCCAUCGCCAUUUAGUAUCUUAUAUUAGUGCUGAUGGGCACAAUAUUAAACACAAUGCAGAAACUGUUUUUUGAUCAUGACAGAUAUGUUCGUAUGACAAAAUCAACUUCGUUUUUGUUAGUAAAUAGGAAAAUAAAAUUUAUGAUUGGCAUCACAAUUGUGGUGUGUAGAGAAUAAAAAAAAAUUGACAAAUGCCAUUUUAAUGGGAUUUUAAAUUUAAAAAAAAAAUCAAGAGUUACAAUUACAUUUGAAAAAAAACUAAUUAGCUAAGUAGAGUAUAACAAUACGCUCAAUUUCAAUACUUUCUGGUUUUUUUUUCUGAAAGUGAUCGAACGUAGGGAAUUGUUGGAAAAAUUGGAUCAGAUAUAGAUGAGCAGCAAAAAAAGUCAAUCAAUUGAAAAUGAUGCUUGGUGUAUGCUUUGAAAAUUUAUCUAAUUCUUGAAAUUACUUGAUGUGAAUCGAGCAACGUUAUAAAUUAGCUUAACAGAAGAAAAACACACAAACAUGAUUUUAUUCAUUUUAUUUCGUCUUCUUUUUCGUCGUUGACAUUACACUAUUUACAUAGAAAUUUUAGUAAGAGAUGGAAAGAGAAAUGUUUGAGUCAAGCACACUUUGUUGGAUGAAAAAAGGGAAUAAAGAAGGGAAAAAAUGCUAUGCUAUACACAUACAGAUGAAGAUGUUGUUUUUUCGAGCUACGUAUAUUUAUACAGAGGUUAAACAAAAUUUUGUUUCUGUCCUUAUCGCUGUCUCUUGUUCACGCCGAGCGUGAAUGUGUAUGAGAUGUAAUCGGUUUUAGUUUACUCUCUCAAAUUCAAACUAUAUCUAGAUAUUUUAUAUGUAUAUGAUUGUUGGAAAGCCAGAUGAGGGAAAAAACCCACACCCACACUAGACUGGUUCAA